AUGAAUUGCAUGGAUCAUAAUCUUAUAUCCGUUCAACUUUCAUCUACUAUCCAUCCUUCUCCUUUAAAAAGGUGUACUGAUGAAAAUCCAGUAUUUAAUGAAUCCGCUAUGGGCAAUGCUUCUCGUGUCUCUGACAGUCAUAUAGAAUCUGAAACAACUCAGGAUAAAUCGUACUCAUCAAAAGAUCAAUCUUGUAAAGCAGUAUGUGCAUUUGCCUUGUUUACAAUCAUAGCAAUGACUAUUGGCAUAAUUACAGUUUGUCUUCGUCUUCCAAAAGAAACAAAUAAAAAAUGUGAAAUGAAAUUCGAACGAACAGUUCAAGGUAUGUUUAUAUCUGAUUCACGACCACAACAUGUUGCUACUGGAGAUUUUAAUGGUGACAAUCAUUUGGAUCUCGCAGUUGCCACUACUGGUAGUGAUAAUAUUGGUAUUCGUCGAGGUUAUGGCAAUGGGACUUUUUCAUCUCGAAUUAAUUAUUCAACUGGACUUGGAUCUCUUCCAUAUUGGGUAGCUAUUGGAGACUUCAACAAUGAUACAUUACUUGAUAUUGUUGUUGCUAAUUAUGGUACUCAUAAUAUAGGUUUAUUUCUUGGCUAUGGUAAUUUAAGUUUUUCAGAUCAAUUAACAUUUCCUUGUGGUUCUUCUCGUCCUAUAUCAUUAGCAAUCGGUGAUUUUAAUCAAGAUAAUCUAUUGGAUAUUGCUGUAGUUAGUAAUGGUACUUCUCAUGUAUCUAUUUUAUUAGGUUUUGGUAAUGGAUCUUUUCAAAUGCAUACAAAUUAUGAUAUGGGUUAUGAUUCAAUGCCAUAUUCAAUUGCUACGGCUGAUUUUAACAAUGAUAAACAACUUGAUAUUGUUGUUAUUAAUUAUGGUACUAGUAACUUUGCUAUACUUUUAGCUACUAGAAAUGGAACAUUUUCAAUUAGUAAAUAUUCAACUGGAAAUGGUUCUCAUCCAUGUUCAGUAGCUAUUGAUGAUUUUAAUAAUGAUCAUUUUAUUGAUAUUGCUAUUGUUAAUUCUGCUACUGACAAAAUUGGUAUAUUUCUAGGAGAUGGAGAUGGAAUAUUUACAAUGAAAGCAACAUAUUCAACUGGUUCUAAUUCUCAUCCACAAUUUAUUGCUGUUGGUAAUUUUAGUAAAGAGAAUACAGUUGAUAUAAUUGUUGCGAAUUCAGGAACAGACAAUGUAAUUAUACUAGAAGGAUAUGGAGAUGGGACAUUUUCUAUUAAGGCAACACAUUCAACUGGAUAUAAUUCUAAUCCAUAUUCAAUUGCUGUUGGUGAUUUUGACAAUGACACUAUAUCAGAUGUCGUCGUUAUUAAUAAUGGUAUUAAUUCUAUUCGUGUACUUAGAUCAUAUACUAUUUAUCUCCUUGCAAAUCAAACAAAGUAUUCAACUGGUGACAAUUCUUUUCCGUAUCUUAUAGCUGUUGAUGAUUUCAAUAAUGAUAAACAACUCGAUAUUGUUGUUACCGACAUCCUCUGGAGCAAUAUUGAUCUGUUCAUAGGAUAUAGUAAUGGUACAUUUGAAAAUCAAAAGGCUUCUUCUGUCAUAAAAGAAGUUGAUUCCGAUUUGCUUCUUAUUGGUGAUUUCAACAAUGAUAAACAAGCCGAUAUUGUCGUGACCAUAUAUUACAGCAAUGAACUACGUAUCUAUUUGGGAGAUGGUAAAGGUAACUUUGAUAAUGGAUAUAUAUGUAUAGUUGGAAACAAUUCGAUUCCAUCUUCAAUUGCUAUUGGUGACUUUGAUGGCGAUAAAAAUCUUGACAUAGUGGUAGCCAAUAAUUAUGGUGAUAAUGUAGCUUUUUUGCAUGGAUAUGGUAAUGGAACUUUUGCAGAAGUAGUAAAUUAUCCAACUGGAUAUUAUUCUCCAAUAUUUAUCUCUGUGGGUGAUUUCAAUAAUGACAAUUUAUUAGACUUUGUUUCUGCUGAUUAUGAUAGGUAUAGUCUUAGCAUAUAUAUAGGCAAUGGCAAUGGUACUUUUCAAAAUCCGAUAUUGCUUUCGACUGACAAUUAUUAUGCAACCUCUCUUGUUGUUGGAGAUUUAAAUAAUGAUACCAAAGACGAUAUCGUCGCCAUUUUUCCAGACACUUUCAACAUAUGUGUUUUUCUAGGAUAUGGUAAUGGAACUUUUGAAAAUAUGCACACUUAUUCGACUGACAUUGGAACUAGUUCAUGGUCUGCUGUUUUAAGUGAUUUUAACAAAGAUACUAUACUAGACAUUGCAGUUUUGAAUCCGGAUAUUCCCAGUAUCAAUAUAUUUCUUGGAGAUGGUCAUGGAAAUUUCCCUAAAAAAAUGACAUUACUUAUUGAAGAUGCUUCUAAUUCCUAUUCCAUAGCCACUGGGGAUUUUAAUAAUGAUAAAGAAGUUGAUAUUGCUGUCGCCAAUUUUGGCACCAAUGAUAUAAGUGUACUUCUCUUACGAUACCAACCCGAUUUCGUAAAUAGUACAGUUUAUUAUCAAAAAACCAAUCCACAUCCAUCAACAGUUGCUAUUGGUGAUUUCAACAAUGAUUAUCAACUGGAUAUUGUUGUUACUAAUGCUGGAAUUGAUAAUGUACAAAUAUUACUUGAUUAUAAAGAAGGAACUUUUAUGAACAAUAUUACUUAUUCAACAGGUACUAAUUCACAUCCACAACAUGUUGUUGUGACUGAUUUUAAUAAGGAUAAUCAACUAGACAUUGCCGUAGUUAAUUCUUAUAAUAGUAUUCUAAAAGUAUUUCUUAGUUCUGGUAAUGAAACAUUUUCUGUAUCAAGUGAAUAUAUCACUGGAUAUUCAGCUUUCCCAAAUUCGGUUGCUGUUGGUGAUUUUAACAAAGAUGGUUGGAUUGAUAUUGUUGUUGCUAAUAGUGGUACAGAUAACAUAGGUAUAUUUCUUGGAUUUGAUUAUCCAACAUUCACAAGUCGUAACAUUGUUUUGCAAAAACGUGAUUCUUCUCCAUAUUAUAUUGCUAUAGGAGAUUUUAAUAAUGAUUCUCGAUGGGAUAUUGCAAUUGCUUGUCGUGAAAGGAACAAUAUAGCUGUGUUUUUAGGAAAUGGAAAUGGUACGUUCUCAGAAGAACAGUUAUUUUAUUUACCGGCAUCAUCUCGUCCACAAUCACUGAUCAUUGGUGAUUUUAACAACGAUAAUCAGUUGGAUAUUGCUGUUGCUAAUUCGAGAGAUCAAAGUAUAAGUCUACUUCUUGGACAUGGGAACGGAUCAUUUGCACCAUAUAUAUCACAAGAGACAAUCUACUCAUCACCAGUUUCCAUUGCAGUUGGAGAUUUUAAUAACGAUAGGAAACAAGAUAUUGUUGUAGCCAUUGAAGACACUAAUACUAUUGGUAUAUUUAUAGGAUAUGGGAAUGGAUCAUUUAAAGAACAAAUAUCAUAUGAAAUGCCUGAUGAAUCAUCUCCAGUAUGGGUUGUUGUUGGUGAUUUCAAUAAUGACAAUGUACAAGAUAUAGCUGUUGCCAAUUUUAAUGGACAUAAUAUAGGUAUACUUUUAGGAUAUGGUGAUGGUGCGUUUAGAAAUGUAACAUUAUAUUCAACUGGAAAUAAUUCUGGUCCAUGUUCAAUUGCGAUUGGAGAUUUUAACAAAGACAAUUGGAUGGAUAUUGCUGUGGCCAAUAAGCAUACCCAAAAUGUUGGUAUAUUUUUUGGUUAUGAUAAUGGAUCAUUCUCUUCACAAACAACAUAUAUGACUGACUCGGGAUCUAUGUUAAUGUCGAUUGUAGUAGGUGAUAUAAAUAAUGAUGGAAUCCUUGAUAUUGCUAUCUCGGAUUUUGGAAGUGGAAAAGGUAAUAUUGGUGUAUUAUAUGGACUAGAUAAUGGAACAUUUCUAGUAUCAAAGAUCUAUUCAACUGGUAUUAAUACAGAUCCAUCAUCGAUUGCAAUUUGUGAUAUUGACAAUGAUGGUCGAUUAGAUUUUAUUGUCAGUAACUCUAAUAAGAACAAUAUAGGUAUUAUGCUUCGAGAUAAAAGUGAGCCUUUGGGUAAACAAACGACGUUUUCCACGGAUAACGGCUCUAGCCCGUAUGCAGUCGUUGUUAGUCAUUUCAAUGAUGAUGAUCAUCUAGACAUUGCUGUUGCAAAUUCUAAGACGAAUAAUAUUGGUAUUUUUCUUGGAUAUGGAAAUGGAAGCUUUGCAAAUCAAGAAAUUUAUUCUAUUGGUAUUUAUUCAAGUCCUAAAUUCAUUGCUGUUGGAGAUUUGAAUAAUGAUAAACAAAUGGAUAUUAUUGUAGCUAAUUCUAAUACAGGCAAUAUUUGUAUUUUUCUUGGAAAUAGAAACGGAACUUUUAUAAUCUCACAAAAUUAUUCAACAGGACAAGGCUCUGAACCAUCUUCUAUUGCUGUUGCAGACUUAAAUAAAGACAAUAAAACAGAUAUUGUCGUUACUGAUAGUGGCAUUAAUAAUGUACUUGUUUUCUUUGGAUCUGACAAUGGAAUUUUUUCAAAACCAAAGACAUAUUCCCUUGAUUAUGGAUCUCAUCCAAUAUCAGUCGCUAUUGGAGAUUUUAACAAUGAUAGUUGGUUGGAUAUUGUUGUUGCCAAUGAUGGUUCGGGUUAUGUCGAAAUACUCUUGCAGACUUGUUAA